ACCCAGCCGAACUACCUGUGGAGUACCAAUGGAAAGAACGAAACGUUCAAAAUCAGCUGAAACCUUUAAUGCUAUCCUUUUGGAGCAGCAGAGUGUCUUCUAAUAAUGGCUCAUAAUAUCAUGGGACAUUGGACGGUUUCUCAAUAGGUCCUCCAGCAAAAUGGCCAGUCAGAAUGAGUACGCUCAACUCUAAAACUCAUACGUCGGACGAGUCCGUACUCACUGACAACAUGGACUUGGAUUCGGAUACGUUGGAUUUGGCCACAGCUGCUGGGAUUGACAAUGUGGGAUUGGACCUCAAGGAUCUCGUGGAGUCCAUUUACAACGACAAGAACAGGAUCUUUGAUGAGACGUUUCCGGAAAGUCCUCCGGAUUCAGGCUCAGAGCAUCUGCUCUCACCUGGACAAAGUAGUCAGCACAAAAUGAGUCCCAGCAAUGGGACACAGUUCCAGGAGAGCAGGAUCGCCAUGGCACAUUUGGAUUUGUCCACAAUUGAUUAUGACGUUCCUCUCCAAAUCUUGGAACAAGGUCAAGACAUCGACCCUACAGCGAUGUUCCCCAAGAUCACAAUGCCGUACCGAGGAGUUGUGGACUCUCCAUCGCAAGUAGUACUACCCCUUUCUCAAGGAGGUGCGGUUCAGUUUAGCCCGCAAAGGGGCUGUUCUCCCCAAGUGACGAUUAAGAACGAGGUCCACUCCUUGAGCACACCCACUACUCAACCAUCUCUGCCAAAGCGAAAGCGGAAAGGAAGUGAAGUGCCUGCAAGCGUACAUAUCAAGCCAGAGCCCAAUUGUCACAGUCCCCAGCCCUCUCAGACCCUCACCAACAUCAACUUUAACCUUCACGAGCCCCACCAGUGGUCAAAAUUGUUGAACAAGUCCAAGCACGAGAUCAAACACCCGGUCCUGACCGUUUCUGCCGAUAAAGGCUUCAACUUCUCUAUGGUGGAUGACGCUUUUAUUGCGCAAAAGAAGAAUCACUUCCAACUGACGUGCCAUAUCGAUAUGGGUCGUGAAGAGCCAUGCUUUAUCAAAACCAAGGCUGGAACCAUCCAUCCGCUCCGUCAUCUUCAGAUGAACUUCCAUGGGAUCAAGCUUGACACGCCAAACAGCUUUAUCCGGGUGGAACAAAGCCAGACAGAUAGGACCAAGAUCAAGUUCAAACCUGUAAUAGUGUAUUGGAAGGCCAGCACUGAGCCUCUGCAACUCGUAGUGGGUCGGCUGCACUUCACCGAGACCACCGCCAACAACAUGAGAAAGAAGGGCAAACCGAAUCCCUCUCAAAAAUAUUUUCAACUCGUGGCAUCCCUAGAGGCGACGAUUCACUCACAAAAUCAAAUGGAUCUCCCUAUUGUGUCCCUGGCCUCAGAGAGGAUCAUAGUUCGGGCUUCCAAUCCGGGACAAUUUGAACCUGAUUCUGAAGCCUCUUGGAUGAGAGAACAAGGGAGCGAAACCAUCUACCAUAUUGGCAAGGUCGGGAUCAACACUGACCAUGCAUCGGAGGCUUUGUCCGUUCAUGGGAACAUUCAGUUGACGGGUCAGAUCCUUCAACCCAGUGACCUGAGGAUCAAGCAUAAUGUGAAGGAGCUUGACUCGCGAAAACAGUUACAAAAUGUCAAUAAAAUCAAGAUUGUACAAUACCAAUACAGACCGGAAUUCAUGGAGAAACUCCCGGAUGAACAAUACUCAGAGCUUAUUUUUGGGCCCCAAGCUGGCGUGAUUGCCCAGGACGUCCAAAGGAUUAUUCCAGAUGCUGUUAGCUCAGCGGGUCCAUUCACGUUGUCAGACGGAAAAGAAAUCAAUGACAUGUUAAUUGUGAACAAAGAGCGGAUCUUUUUAGAAAACAUCGGUGCGGUGAGGGAACUGAGUAAGAUGACAGAUCACUUGGAGAACCGCUUAAGUGAUAUCGAGUCCGCCCACGAGACAGUGGCUGUGCGUCUUUCAAGGCUAAGACGAGGCAACAGUUCCAUCCAUUCGUAUUCUAGUUCGUCAUCCACGGGGUCCACGGGAGAAGCUCCCAGUCACAAAGGACAAAAGCGGUUUCCUUCCUCGAGACGACGCCCAGCCACGAAGCAUAUCUUCCAAAAUCGGUGUAUUCAAAUCCUCCUCUUGGUUCUUUUGUCCAUCACGGCGUUAUCAUUAACUUCUAUGGCUUUGGUAUACACUUUCAAUUUCUCCAAUUCCGAACAUUUGGAUGUGGAGAUUGAAGGCGUGUCUUUCCUCAACGCUAGUGAUGUCUUGAGUAACGAAGUGGAACAUUGGACAAGGCGAACAAAGCCAACUAUGAUGUACAAUAGAAAUCCACGGACCUCAACCUUCACCACCCCACCAAUGUCUCCGACAACUGCAUAUUCUACUAAAACCACCACCACCACCACCACCACCACAACAACAACAACAACAACCAUUUCAACCACCACCACUGCAAUAUCUACUAUUGCUACUGCUCCUCCUACAUCAACAACAACAACAGCGGCAACAACUAAUAGAUAUAGAACAAUCUUACACAAUCCAGCACCACCAAGGUCAACCAAAACUACGUUUUCUUCUGCUUCAACAACGGUAUCAACAACAAGUACAAGUACGUCAAGAGUGGUUCUUCAUCCACCAAUGAUUGGUGAUGAAGUGUGCAAUCUGUCCCAAGGUCCUUGUCCCACUUUCUGUUGCGAGUCUAGUUUCCAACCGAACACGUUCGAAUUUAAUGACACUCUAGAAGACAACUCACUCACCGGUCCGGCUUUGGAUCCAAAUCUGUCCUUGCCAAACACGUUGGAAACCCCCAGAACUAAUGUGCUGAUAGUUCAGUUAUCAUCUGAUAUGGAAUUGCCUGAAGUCGAGGAUCUUGACGGAGCCAAAGAUGACAAGCAGGUGGUGGAAUCGACUACAACAACAACGUUUUUGUCGGACAGCAAAGUGAUUAAAGUGCAAGUAAGUCAGGAUGAGAAAGUAAACCAGGUGGGCACGACUCCCAGGUCAAUACUGGAAAAGGAUUUUCAAGAAAAACUUGAACAAGAAACGAGAUUCCUAGAGAAGGAUUCGUUUGAAGAUGCCAUCGCAAACGAGGUUUUAGAUAAGGUCAAGGACAACGGAAUCAUCUCAUCAAAUCCCCGUGAGGUGCGCCUCCUCAAGUCCCAAGUGGUGAAGGAGAAAAAGGACGAUCUUGAACAAGUAGAAAAAGUCAUCGAAGAAGAGUCGGAGGGCAAUUCAACGAGCGAAAAUGACAUUAAGAAGGCGCCUUUAGACCGAUCGACUACGACUGAAAGUAUCCCAACCAAUGAUCUUUUGGUGAGAGAUAAGAACAGCAAGACAUUCAACGAAAUCUUGGCCAAGGCCGAGGAUGAGAGCAACAACUCAGAGCCUUUGGACCAACGGGCCAAACGGAAUGUCCUGCUCAAGGGACACUUACGCAAAAUACGCACAGUGGAGGAACCCUUCGACCUUCAGCACUCUUCAGAACCGUCUUCCAGCUACCCGUUCCCAUUGUUGAGAACAAUGACCUCGGAAUACGACCUUGAUCAACAAUUCUGUGAUCCCAAUGAUGGAUUCUUCUGGCGCUGUCGAGACGCUAGCGGAUUACCACGUAACUCCAGCUUGGCGGUUCCUCUUUCCAAAUACUUUCGCGAGAGGUCGCUACAGAUAGUGUUCGCGUCCAAUAACGUGGUUCAAUGUAGGGCUGCCAAUUCAGCCACCCCUUGCGGCAACACCGAGCCAGACUUAGAAAUUCCAAGCUCCAUACCCGGACAGGUAUUUGAGUUGAACGUAGCGGGGAGAAGGAGCACGAAUUUCCGGUUUCGACAGCUCCUUGAAUCUCAAAACCUCCCCAACAGCCCUGAUCCAUGUUCAUUGGCUAAUAACAAAGUUGGAACAAUUUAUCGAGAGCUGAACGUCCAUUUCUAUCGGGUAUGCCAUCAUUGA